CUUCCUACAUAAAUAUAAAUUUGGUACUCAAAUGGCCGCAGAUUCAACUCCUCUUAUAAUCUCUCAAGCCGACUCGGCCGAGUCAGACAUUAACACCCUACCAUGCCUAGAGAAACGCCUCCCAUCCCUUGAUUCAAACAUAGAACGGUGCAUCGGAGAUUUCGGAUGGUCACAAUUCAUUCAAUCCAUAUUUGUAUCCAUGGCAUGGAUCUUCGAUGCGCAGCAAACAUUCAUAAGUAUCUUCACUGAUGCACACCCAACAUGGCACUGUACUACUCGCCUCGGGGACGAGUCAUGCAACUCGGUCUCCAACAUCUGCCAUCUUCCCAAGAAUUCAUGGUCCUGGGAUUGGCCCAAUCACAUUUCAAUUAUCUCUGACUGGAGCUUGGAGUGCACUUCCUCCAUUGUCACUGGCCUCCCCGCUUCUUCCUUCUUCAUGGGUUGCCUUGUGGGUGGAUUCGUUCUUGCCUCCCUAGCUGACUCCUCACUCGGUCGCAAAAACAUGCUCUUUCUCUCAUGCCUCAUGAUGUCUCUAUCUUCAAUGCUAACUGUUUUCUCAGCUAACAUAUGGAUUUACUCUGCUUUAAGAUUCCUUUGCGGUUUUUUCCGUUCAACAAUCGGAACUUGCGCACUUGUGUUAGCAACUGAGCUUGUGGGGAAGUCGUGGCGUGGCCAGGUUGGGGUCAUAGGAUUCUUUUGCUUUACUCUAGGGUUUUUAUCACUCCCAGCUAUGGCUUAUAUGAACAGAGGUUCUUCAUGGAGAUCUCUUUAUCUAUGGACUUCUAUCCCAGCACUCUUCUAUACCAUUUUAGUCCACUUCUUUGUUCGCGAGUCUCCCAGAUGGCUAUUUGUGCGUGGACGUGAAGUAGAAGCAAUGGCCACAUUAAGAAGUAUUGCUUCCUUUAACCCUAGUACCAGCUCAACCCGGGAUUUUUCCAGAUCAGUGUCUUUGGAUCCGCAAGAAACGGGCAACCCUAAUCUUUACUCAGCUUUCAAGAUCCUGCUGCAGAAAAGAUGGGCUUUUCGAAGGCUAUCCGCCGUUAUGGUGAUAGGAUUUGGCGUUGGAUUAGUAUACUAUGGCAUGCCAUUAGGUCUCGGAAACUUAAAAUUCAACCUCUAUCUGAGCGUCACAUUCAAUGCCCUUUCCGAGCUGCCAUCUUCAUUGUUCACCUUCUUUCUCAUCGGAAAGUUGAACAGAAAAAGUUCAGUCCUAGUUUUCACCACCAUUAGUGGGGUUUGUAGCAUCUUGUGCGUUCUGAAAGGAAAUGUAUGGAUAAGAUUGCAGAUUGCGCUUGAGUUGGUAUCAUUUUUCAGCGCCUGCACUGCGUUUAACAUAUUGCUCAUAUUCACAAUAGAGAUGUUUCCGACAUGCGUAAGGAACUCAGCUAUGUCUUUGGUGAGGCAAGCACUGGUGCUUGGAGGGGUGUUGUGUCCGAUGCUGGUGGCUGUGGGGAGAGAAUAUGGAUUUGCAUCGUAUGGGGUGUUUGGGAUUGUCAUAGGAUGUUGUGGGAUGUUUGCAGUGUGUUUGCCGGAGACAAGGGGUAGGGCACUUUGUGAUACAAUGGAGGAGGAAGAGCAUGCAGAAGUAGUUAGAGAAGUUGUCGUCAAUCAUGGGAUGAAUGCAGGUCUCGAGUCUUGAUCACGCCAAGGCUUUAGUAAUUUCAUGGUAACUCUGAUGAUCAGUGUAUGGAGUAAGUUUUAUGAAUUUUUAUGUUCCAGAAUAUGAUUUUUAUUUAAUUAUAAGGUUGGACGGUUGUGCAA